GCCCUCUUCUUCGUCUUCUGCAUGCCCAGCCCACUACGCGCAGAGGACGCAUCGUUUUAGAGAGAGAUAGAGAGAGAGAAAGUCGGGGGGGAGGAGACGAAGACGAACCAGAAUCGAAAUCAUACACACAAACUGUAUCUAUAUACGCAUACGUAUAGAUAUAGAGAGAGGUGAAGGGUUUCAAUUUUUCCACGUCCAACAUUUUGCCAUGGCUAAUCCGUGUUCUCUCAAUUGAGGUUUCGCUGGAGCAACCAAAACCCUAGGAGAGAGAAGGGGCUCCAGUGCUAGCCCUAGCUGGAAAUUAGCGAAGGGUUUUUGCAAUUCAGGAACUUCAUAGAAGUCAUGUGUCAAUGAGAGGGGGACACUUGUGGGUAUCAAGGUAGGAAUGCAUGGAUGCAGCUUAGGAUCUGCUUUUCUAGUCAAUGCUGAGGUUGAUUCCAUGGGAGGAGUUAUUGACGCUGGAAUUGGGAUUGGUACCAAAACUUCUCCGCGACGAGCAGCAAUUGAGAAGGCACAGACAGAGCUCAGGCAGGAGUAUGAUGUGCGUGAGGAAAGGAGAAGAGAGCUAGAAUUUCUGGAGAAAGGUGGAAAUCCCUUGGAUUUCAAAUUUGGGAAUGCAGCUUCUGUUAGUGUCCAAUCUACUUCCCUGAUCGAUCAACCUCGCGAGCAGUUUGUGACCAGUGAAGCUAAAGGGAGUUUUGCGUUGACUGCUUCACCUCACGGAGACUCUGUUGAAAGUAGUGGUAGACCAGGUGCUACUACCGUUUGUGAGCCCAAUAGUGCUGAUAAUCUCUUGUUAUUUGAUGGUGAAAGUGAAUUUCUUGAGGAUGAAAGGAACUCUGCACGUCCUAAUAGAAGUACCUUUGCUCCAUCUGAGCUUUCUUCCCAGUUGGGUGAGAGUCAAAAUGUUGGAAAAUCAGGGGACUCUGGUGCAUUUGGCCUUCCAAAAAAUCGAGCAUAUAAACGAAGAAACAGGUCACGACCAAAUCGUGAUGGUGGCCGAUCAAGUAAAAUGGAUAUAAUUCCAUCUCGUGGUGGUCAGGUCUCUUCUUUGUCAUUGCGCCAUGGUCGGAAAGAUGGAGAAGGUUUGGUACUUGAUACAAACAGCCAGAAUGAUCUGAAUAUUUCUUCAAAUUCUAAUGUGAAGCCUAUAAGUCCCAAUGGUAGUAUUGGUCCAACGGCUUUACCGUCUGAUAGCCCAUUAAAUAUGGAGUUGGAUAAAGUACAGGCCAUUGAAUCGACUACUGGACCGACCAAAGUUAGUCAGCCUGAACCUCUUUCUGGUUUUAGCACUUCCAAAAGCUUGCAGGAUAAUGAUGAUAGUCAAUACUCACAGGUUGAUGCUCAGCAAACUUCAGCUAUGGCUUCUGAGGUGCCGGAAUCUGUUGGGGGGAGAAAAUUGGUGGGUUCAGCUGGUCUUGAAUGCCCGCCUUGUUUAUCUACAGCUAAAGCUGAAAAUCAAACUAGUUCCCAAUUGAAUGGCUUUAGCAAUGGGGAGGGAGAUUGGAGAAGCAUACCGAAUGAAUGCCAUAAUAGCAAUGCCACAUUAUGCGUGAAGGGGAUCGAGUUAGAAUCCUCAUGCACCCAAAACAGUGGUAGCUUAGGAGGAAAAAAUGUUAAUGACCUGUGCAAUAAUUUUUCAAAUGCUGAAUCUAAUGAAAAUACCCAGGAACAAGCCUUAGAUAUUGAAGGGGAAGCAAAUAGGGAAGGUGAUAAAAUGUUACAAGUAAAGAGUGAGAAGAAAACUGACGACGAUAAUGCUUUCGUUGAUGAUGAGCACCAUUCUGUUCAUCAAAGCGCCCAAGGCAAUGGUUCUAUUGUCGGAACCAAGGAAGAAUUACAUGGAAGUGGGUCUGGCGUAAAAAAUGAGGUUAAAUGUUCUACCAGUGCAGCUGUGAUGGAACUAGAUGGAAAUUCUGCAGCGGGUGCAGAAAGUUCACCUGUAAACUUAGUAACUGGUGUUUUGAAUUCUCCAAAAGAAAAUGAUUUCACUGGUAGACUUCAGGGUUCUUUGGAUUCUUGUAUUCAUGAUAGUUCUGUACCCCCGAGGGAAAGUGCUCCUGGUAGACUUCAAAGUUCUCCGGAUCCAUCUAUUCUUACACUUCCGAAGAAUACACUGUCUGUUAAAGGUUCCUGUUCGACUGAUGCUCCUGAGCAACAAAAGUGUUCGGAUAUCUGCUCAGAAGUAGCAAAGAAGGCACAUGAGGAUUCUAUUUUGGAAGAGGCUCGAAUUGUAGAGGCAAAGCGUAAAAGGAUUGCGGAGUUAUCUGUUGGUACCUUGCCCUUGGAAAAUCAUCGGAAAUCUCACUGGGACUUUGUCCUUGAAGAGAUGACAUGGCUGGCGAAUGAUUUCUCACAGGAGCGUCUUUGGAAGAUUACUGCUGCUGCUCAAUUAGGCCACCACAUUGCUUCCACUUCUCAAUCAAGAAUUGAAGAACAAAGUUUACGUUGGAAGCAAAAAACUGUGGCUCAUACCUUAGCAAAAGCUAUCGGGGAGUUCUGGCAUUCAGUGGAGGAGACAGUCAAAGAGCCAGAGCAGCGAUGUCCUAGUAGAGAUUUGUCUCGUACUGUUCAGGGAUAUGCAGUGAGAUAUCUGAAGUAUAAUACCUCCCUUCUUUCAGUUGGCCUAGCAGAAGCACCAGCCACUCCUGACAGGAUAUCAGAUUUUGGCAUGGAAGUAUCUUGGGAGGACCACUUCACCGAAGAAAAUCUCUUUUACACAGUGCCCCCUUGUUCAAUGGAAACAUACAGAAAAUCAAUUGAAACUCAUUUGGCACAACUUGAGAAAAUCGGCAGUAGCAUCCAAGAGGAAGUAGUGACUUCAAUGUACGAUGCUGCGGCAGACUUUGGAUCUCAAGAUAAUGCAUACGAAGAGGAUGAAGGAGAGACGAGCACCUAUUAUUUUCCUGGUGCCUUUGAAGGUAGCAAGCCACCAAAGUUCGGACAUAAGAAAAGGAAAAACCUGACGAAAUCAUAUACUGCAAGAGCAAAUGAUCUGGGGGGGGAUUUUGCUUUUAUGCAACGCAUGGAAAAUAAAGUUGGGACUCAACAAUCUACAUUAAUGGGAAAACGGCCUGCCAACAGUCUUAAUGCUGGUUUGGUUCCGACAAAACGUAUGAGAACUGCUUCCAGGCCGAGGGUUUUAAGUCCUUUUAGUGUUGACACUCCUGGGGGUGUUCAAGGUCCAAGCAAGGCAGAUGCUUCAAGUGGUGAUACUAAUUCUUUUCAGGAUGACCAGAGUACUCUGCAUGGUGGAUCCCAGUUUCCUCAUAGUUUGGAAGUUGAUUCAGCUGGUGACUUCGAAAAUCAUUUACUAUUUGACUCCGCAGAAGUAUCAAAACCCAAAAAGAAGAAGAAGGCAAAGCAUCUGGGCUCCGCAUAUGAGCAGAGAUGGCUUCAUAACAAUUUUCAAAAUGAUCAGAGGGAUCUUUCUAAAAAGAGAUCGGACAGUCAUCAACUUGAAUCUAAUGGAAGCGGUGGGUUAUUUGGCCAACACAAUAUGAAGAAGCGGAAGAUGAUGAGGCAAUCACUAGAUAAUUCAUUUGACAAUCUUACUCCAAUGGCUGGGUCAAUUCCUUCUCCAGUGGCUUCCCAGAUGAGUAAUAUGUCCAACCCUAAUAAGCUCAUUAAAAUCCUUGGUGUCCGAGAUCGGGGAAGGAAAUCCAAAUCUUUUAAGAUGCCAGCUGGACAGCCAGGGUCAGGAAGUCAAUGGUCGCUAUUUGAAGAUCAGGCCCUCGUUGUCCUUGUACAUGAUUUGGGUGCAAACUGGGAGCUUGUAAGUGAUGCUAUCAACAGUGCUUUGCAGUUCAAGUCUCUAUUUCGUAAGCCAAAAGAAUGCAAGGAGCGCCAUAUACUUCUCAUGGAUGGGACUGCUGGUGAUGGGGCAGACAGUGCUGAAGAUUCAGGGACUUCUCAACCUUAUCCAGCUACCUUACCUGGCAUUCCCAAGGGCAGUGCUAGACAAUUGUUUCAACGUUUACAGGGGCCAAUGGAAGAAGAUAUGAUCAAAUCUCAUUUUGAGCAAAUCAUUAUGAUUUCGCAAAAGCAGCAUUACCGUAGGACACAGAAUGACAACCAGGAUCAGAAAUCAAUCCAGCCACACAAUUCUCAUGCACUUGCUCUUUCCCAAGUUAGCCUAAAUAACCUGAAUGGAGGGCCUCCACUCACGCCCGUUGAUCUCGCUGAUGCAAUUACAUCAAGCCCCGACGUCGUUUCUGUUGGAUACCAAGGCUCUCACACAAGUGGUUUAGCAAUUUCAAAUCAAGGCAGUAUUUCGCCUAUACUACCUACUUCUGGUUCUAAUUCCCCACUGCAAGUGUCUUCCAACAUUGCUCUUGGCAACAAUAACUUUUCAUCUCCAUCUGCUCCACCAAAUGCCCCGGUUAGGGAUGGCAGAUAUGGUCUUUCUAGAUCUGCUUCUUUAGCUGUUGAUGAACAACAGAGAAUGCAGCAAUAUAAUCACGUGUUAUCUGGUAGAAACAUUCAGCAGUCUGGCCUAUCUGUUUCUGGGGCUCCUCCAGCUACUGAUCGUGGUGUUCGCAUGUUGCCUACUGGGAGUGGAGUGGGUACUAUGGGUGGGUUGAAUAGAACAAUGCCUAUGGCAAGGCCUGGGUUUCAAGGAAUCGCCCCACCAUCAGUGUUGAACCCUGGGAGUAUGCUUUCUUCCAGCAUGGCAGUGAUGCCGAAUCCUGCUAAUGCGCACCCUGGAAUUGGUUCUGGUCAAGGGAACUCAAUGUUGAGACCUCGGGAUGCUUUGAAUAUGAUGAGGCCCGGCCAGAAUCCAGAGCAUCAAAGGCAAAUGAUGGUGCCAGAGCUUCAGAUGCAGGUCACCCAAGGCAACAACCAAGGAGUCCCUCCAUUUGGAGGGUUAAGUGCCGCUUUCUCAAACCAGACUUCCCCACCUGUUCAUUCACACCCACUCCAUCAGCAGCAGCAACCCCAAAUGUCCCCACAGCAGUCCCAUGCACUCACCAAUCCUCGUCAUCCUCAUAUUCAAGGACCGAAUCAUGCCUCACCCACCCAGCAUCAACAAGCCUAUGCAUGUUUUGCAAAGGAGAGGCAAUUACAGCAGCGUUUACUGCAGCGGCAGCAGCAGCAACAAUUUGCAGCAUCAAAUCAGCUGAUGCCACAUGUACAAGCACCAUCCCAACUCCCCGUAUCAUCGUCCCUGCCGAAUAGUUCGCAAAUUCAACCUCAGAAUUCUUCUGCACAACAUCAGCAGAAGCUUCACAUAGCUCCUCCUCAUGGUCUAAACAGGAUCCCUCAAACUGGUGGUGGUGGUAGUGGUUCAGCGAAUCAGUUGGGGAAGCAACAAAGGCAACGGCCACAGUCCUUUCAGCAAUCCGGAAACAGGCACCACCCCCAUCAGCGACAACAGUCACAGUCUCAACAGCAGGGUAAACUUACGAAAGGGGGAGGAAGAGGGACCACGUUAAUCCAUCCGAACCUCCCGAUUGAUCCCUCUCUUCUGAAUGGCCUCUCCACACCACAUGGCAGCCAAUCUGAACCGUGUCUAUAUCCUGGUCCAGGACUGAACCAUGUUCAACCACCAAAGCCUUUAAUGCCACCUCAUUCUCCAAAUAUGUCCCAUUCUCAACAAAAGAUGUAUUCUGGUCAACCAAACCCUUCAUCAAAGCAAGUCCAGCAGAUGCCCUCACAUUUGGAUAAUACCAACCAAGGACACGCUGCACAAGCCACUUCUGCUCAUUCAUUACAGCCACAACAUAAAUUAGUGAAUCAAACUCCGCCAAAUAUUCAAAGAGUGUUUCAACAGAAUCACCGACUAAGUUCCAAUCCGCAAAGCAAGUCGCUAGUAGAGCAAGCUCAAAAUGGCCAGCAGCUGGCGGGCAACUCAUCUCAGAUGGGUACAAUGGCGACUAUGUCUCAGUCUUCUGCUGAUACAGCUACCGUAAUGCCAGUUGUUUCGUCUUCUAGUGCUCAGUGGAGACCUCCGGAACAAAUGUAUGAUUCUGGAGCUCCAAAUUUGGAAACGCAGAUGGCUGCUAUUGGGAGUCCACCUUUGGAGAAUUCUUCUGGGAGUGAGCCCAUGCCUGCGGUCAGCCUAGGGGUAGGGCAGGGGCAACCACCUUCGACACCCCCACUGCCACCACAGCUGCAGCAACAAUCGCCACAAAAACAGCUGGGACAAGAACAACAGCAGUCUCAGCGGCAGUCUCAGCAUCUGCAAGCAGGGAAUAACAGUUUGUAUAUUGGACCUACUAACUCAAGACCGGACUGAAGCACUUGCAAUGGAUUUGGAAAUUUGUGGAGAGGCUGAUCCUGCCUGAGGUGGCAUGCCCUUGUAAUUGCACUGUACAGAUGAAGCUGAUCGCCCCAUCAUGAAGUUGUUGGAUGAAAGAGGCGGUGAUUGUUGCAGGUUCCGUUAGAUUUAACUGAAGAAAUAUUGGCCGGGUAAAUUUUUUGGGGUGUUAUGUAUAGUACUGUAGCCCUAGAAGUUAAGGAAGAUAGAGGCAGAAAUAGAUGUAUGUGUACAUAGGUCUCAUUCCUUUUGCCUAACUCUUUUUGUCUCUUUCUUUUUAUUUUUCCCUGCUCAAAAUGGAGGGGCUUUAUUUCUUGGUGCCCCCAUAGAUUAGCUAAUGUAUUAUUUCCCUUGGAUAGAAAGGGGGGUAGCUAUCAUUGAUAUGGCCAAUGCCUUUGGGAAAUUUUGUGAAUCUGGUGUAUAAUCCGAUCAAAAUAGAACAAUUACCAUCCAGAACUGAUCUGGGCACCCGCAAUUCUUCUUGUUCGCGAUUCUGCUU